CGCUUUGACUUUUUCGAAACGAAAAAAAGAAGAGUUUCAUUGCGCUAUUUGCCUAGACGUCCUCGAAAAGCCUCUGUCAUCAAAGUGCCAGCACAGUUGCUGCUCGGACUGCUGGAAAUCUGCGUUCGAGUUGGGGGAAAAACAUCCAGCAUGCCCAAUAUGUCAAGAGACGCUGGCGGACCCUAAUGACCUCCAGCGCGCACCGCUUGUUUUAAUCCAGCUUUUAGAGGGGUACCUGGUUAAAUGUGGGGCAUGUGGUACCCGAUUGCAUUAUCACCUGUGCAACAGUCAUCCCUGUCCCCCGAGAAAGCGCCAGCGUGCGAAUAGCCCCGUCCCUGCCGCUGCUGUUGUGCUAGAUCCUCAGACCCGAACCCUCGAGCAGAUGUUAAACGAGGCCCGCACUGGCCUCGUUUCCCCUGAUGUUGCGCGACUUGGGAAUUUGAUUGUGAACACAAUCUGCAAGAAUUCGGAGGAUGGGAUAACAGCCCGAUUGCCUGGAUCUGGAAAGCCAACCGUGGUCAUGAAAAUACCUCAGGCACAGACUUCAGAUUUCAUCCGGGAACGGAAGUUUCCUUCAGGCUUUUUCGGCGAGCAGGGUGGUGAAUCAAUUCAUCAUGAACUCAACCAGUUGAACCGUGAAUUCAGCUCGAUCCACCCUGCGUCGCGUCGGCUACGAAAAAUAAUAGAAGAGCAUAGCAUUAGAGUUGCACCUCUAAACCGCUCAAAAUAUCCAGAGAAAAAAAAUCGAAAACGAAGAGCUCACACCGCUACAACCUGAUUAAGCCGAGUCAGUCUCGUUUCUUAAUAAUCCGAGUCGUGUAUCAAUUGUAAAACUAUUGCAAAGCCAGGAGGACGCGGGAGCGACAAGUAUUACUCCUUCGAUGUUCAAAUCAGUAUUAAUAUUCUAUCGAAAAUAAACUUAAACCAACUAAAAAAAA